GACAAUAAAAUAUUGUCAUGAUGUAUCAUGAUAGCUAAUAUUGGAUUGAUAACGAGCCAGGGUAGCUUUAAAGUGUGCCGUAGGUUAUGUAGUUCGAAUCAAGAUAGUUUUAAUAAGAUUACUAGCUCAUUCAGGAUUUUUGUGAAUCUCGGCAUUUAGUUCGCUAUUAUACGGAAACGAGGCUCAGGGGCCAAAGGCGGAGCCUCGUUUUGGCGUUGUGGUUAUUGCAUCUCAUUUAGGAUGUUCUAUAAAUUGAAAAUGACAAAGUUGCGACGUAAUUUGUGGCCUAAUCACUGAUUAUUUACAGAUCAAUUCUUUCCUAAAAAUCACAAAUGGUCAUUUGUCCCCCAAAAAAAGAGUAAUUGGACAGGUGGGUUCAGAAUCAUCAAAAUGUGGUGGCUAGCUUUUAAUUUAUUUUCAAAAUACUGAGGCUAUACCCAAACUGGACCAGUCGACUUUAAAACCACGCCUGAAUUCGUCUGGUUUAGGCAUUUAGGUGAAGAUGUUCACAUGUUGCAUGGAAACGAUAAAUAUAUGUAUUUACACAAGGAAACCAGACGAACGCGAGCUCAGUCGAACGCGAAAUCGUCGGGUUUCGUGUGAGCGUAUCCCGAGUGUGUGAAAACUUCGGUUACUACGCCCAAUCAAAACCAUGUAUAGCCUAUAGCGGCAAUUUCUACCAAUCACGCAACAGAACCAGCAUGAAGCAUGCUCAAGCAACUUAUGCAUCUCAGCGUUUGCGUUCUUCCUGGGUCAUUCGAUAUUCUGCAACCUUACGGGUAAGCUGUUAUCGGAGCUAUCGCAGAUAAUUGCCGUCACCAAAAGGUGAAAUUUUGACUGAGCAUAUCAAGGUACGUUGGCUUUUGAUGUUUACAAGCAUUAUUGUAGUUCCAAGGAACUCUGUGGCAAGCUGUAACGGAGUUUUUUAUUUUAGCCAAAAACGUUUUGCCAAGAAAAAAGAGCAAAACGUCUGAAGAAGGAUUCGAAGAAGAAGCAGAUUUCUUUUCCAGUGAAAUUCUACUGAACAGAAACAGACACAACGAAAUAAAAUGGCGGACCAAAAAGAAGCCCGUUCGAGCCUUCGAAUAAAGAGACAAAAAGAACCCAAUGAGGAGACAUUGCCUGAAGAUAGUAAAGACCUUGAGCAAAGAUAUAUCAAUAACAUCAUUGGUGAUGGGGUCUUUGCAAAAAGGAAAUUUCAAAAAGGAGAAUUCCUCCUUGAAUAUAAGGGGGAAUUGAUUGGCAAAGAUGAAGGGGCUAGACGUGAAGAAGCCUAUGUCAAAGAGCUUGGAAGCUUCUUGUUCUUUUUCGACUCUCUUUGUGUUGAUGCAACAUUCUCCACGGGUCUUGGCAGAAUGGUCAACGAUAGUGAGAUGAAACUGGCCAAUUGCCUUAUCAAGAAGGUUAUUGUAGACAGCCGUCCUCACUUAGCCCUCUUUGCUAAAAAGAAAAUUUUGAAGCACGAAGAGUUACGCUAUGAUUAUGGGGUAAAGAACUUGCCAUGGCGAAGAAUAAAAGAACUUUGCAAGAGGAAACCGAGAAAUUACUUCGGUGAAGUAAUGAAAAAAAUAAAUGAAGGAAUAUACUCUGAAAAACUAAUGGCGAGGGACGGUAACUCAUCGGGUUUGAAAGCAGACAGAAAAGAUUGCCAAAAACACGCUCUGGUCGGUGCUGCUAUUGGCCUCCAUCAUGAAGAUGUGAAGAUGUCAGAGGAAAUUAACGAGCAAUCAGGCAAUGAUCCUACUGCAACAAUCCAUCGAUGUCAAGAUUCCUUAUUGACAGAUGAAAAUAACGAACAAUUGGGUGCUGUUUUAAUCGAUGAUUGUCAGGAUGUGGUAAUGAGAGACGAAAACAACGCACAAUCGGGUACCUCUCUUCGCGCGAAACUCCAUGAUCAUCAAGAUGUGGUAAUGACAACAGAUGAAAAUAACGGACAAUUGGGCGCCAAUUUAACCGAGGAUGUGUUGAUGACAGAUAACAAUAACGAACAAUUGGGCACUCAUAUUGGCGAGGAUGUGAUAAUGACAGAACGAAGACACUGCAUUGGUGUGCCGCUUACGCAUGGCCAUGCCGACCAAUCAGCAGCAGAUAUAACAGAUGGAAACUGCCAUGUCUGCUUUGGCACAGUGUCCGGUUCCCACAUAUGUAUCGUAUGUCAUCGUUCUGUCCACGUAUUCUGUGGUGAGGGGAUCGGUGACGAAGGUUAUGGACAAGCUGUGACAUGUUACAAGUGUCUAGAUAGAGGAAAAAAACAAACGAAAUACGCUGAAACGGAGUCGACAGAUACAUCUGCAGAUGAAAAUAACGGACAAUUGGGCGCCAAUUUAACCGAGGAUGUGUUGAUGACAGAUAACAAUAACGAACAAUUGGGCACUCAUAUUGGCGAGGAUGUGAUAAUGACAGAACGAAGACACUGCAUUGGUGUGCCGCUUACGCAUGGCCAUGCCGACCAAUCAGCAGCAGAUAUAACAGAUGGAAACUGCCAUGUCUGCUUUGGCACAGUGUCCGGUUCCCACAUAUGUAUCGUAUGUCAUCGUUCUGUCCACGUAUUCUGUGGUGAGGGGAUCGGUGACGAAGGUUAUGGACAAGCUGUGACAUGUUACAAGUGUCUAGAUAGAGGAAAAAAACAAACGAAAUACGCUGAAACGGAGUCGACAGAUACAUCUGAUAACCCACAUAAAACAGCGCACAAGAGAGUUUCUAGACAUAAGGAAGAAAGUGACGAAGACUACUUGCCAAGCUCGGAGAGCGAAAAUGAAGAUAAAGAUCCUGCCACAUACAAAGACGAGUAUGAAUUUCAAGAUACACACAACCGUCCACCAAUUAAAGCCAGAAAACGUCUGAAGGAAAAUAAGAACAUACCAAAAGACUCCAGUGUCUGCGAUGCCGAUUCGAUGAAAGAAAUUGAAGAACAUCCUGAUAACAACCUAAAGAAGCAAAAGAGAGAAAGAAAACAACCUUUCAAAAUUUGGACCUCAAAAACCGAUGCUUCAAAUAAUGAAAACGGGUCAAAAGUUUAUGUACAGCCUAUAAUGGCAGCAGCGGGGAAAAGAGCAUACGAUAAAAAAAAUUGCUGCUUCUUCUGCUCCAAAGAAUUUUCCAAGUUGGCAAGACAUUUGGAGCAGAAACACAAAGAUGAGGAAGAAGUCGCUGCUGCGCUAAAGUUCCCCCCCUCCGACAAACGCAGAAAAGACCUCUUCGCUAAGCUGAGGAAGAUGGGGAACUUUAAUCAUAAUAUUAAAGUCAUCGAAAACGGGAAGGUUGAUCGAAGACCAGCAGAAGGAACUGACCCGAAACAAUACUUACCGUGCACAGGAUGUAAUGGGUUUUUCCUCGCACAUGAACUCACAAGACAUGCUGCAACAUGCUUGCGAUCAGAUGAGCCGGCCGGUGGGAAAGUAAAGCCAUCGGUCAAGCGUAUGCAAUUUGAUGGCAAGUUGCUAUUAGCUGGAGGCGGAGCCAGUGAGUGCAGCAAACAGCUGCAAAGCAUAUUAAAAAUCAUGGCUCGUGAUGACAUUUCCGCGGUCGCCCAGGCAGAUCCUACAAUCCUCGCCGUCGGCAGUGACAUGGUUGAACAAAAAGGGAAAGAGAAAGCUAUUGCAAUCUCACAAAAGAUGCGGUUGUUGGCACGGGUUUUGGUGGAGAUGAGAAGGCUAACUGGUAAAAGCGAUGCCUCCUUAUCUACGAUUAUAACCCCUUUGUAUUUUGACAUGCUCUUACAGUGUGCAAAAAACCUUGGGGGUUAUGUCGUAGAUGAGGAUGGCUCUAAAAGUUUUAAGAGUCCCUCCACCUCCGUCAAAUGUGGAUACGCAACGAUGACGGCAGCGAAGAUCUUGCGGGGGAAAGCACUUAGAGAUUGUGACAUGGGAAGGAAAAAGGAGCUCGACAACUUUUUGGAGUUGUACGAGACGGAAUGGGGGAAAAAAAUCACGUCACCGGCCCAUGACAAUCUCGGCCUGAAAAAAACGAACAAGCCCGACGUCUUGCCACUCACGAGUGAUCUAAUGAAGCUUCGUGACUACCUCCUGGAGGCCAUAAAAAAGGGGACAGAAAACCUCAGAAGAGACCGAAACAAAGAGAACUUUCGGGUUUUAUCGGAAGUAUGCUUGGCGAGGUUAAUAAUGUUCAACAAGAGAAGAGGGGGAGAGACCGCAAGAAUGAAACUGAAGGCGUACCAAUCGCGAUGUAAUUGGAGAGAACAUCAAAACCAAGAGGUGUUCCAAUCACUCUCGGUUUCGGAAAAGCAGCUUUGCGAAAACUAUACUUUCAUGAGGUUUGACAUGGUUGAGAUCAUUGGAAAGCGAAACAGGAAGGUUCCGGUCAUCUUGACACCGGACGUCGCAGAUGCGAUGUUGAUGCUGACCGAUCCUUCCUACCGAGAGAAAGGUUGCGUGCUGCGGGAAAACGAAUACGUUUUCCCCAUGAAUAACAACUCAUCGCUGCACAGCCUGAGAGGAAAUGACGUCCUCAGAAACGCGUGCAAGAAUGCAAAUUUGGAGAACGAUAGCUUGGUAACGUCGACCAGUAUGCGCAAGUAUGUUGCAACGGUAUCGCAACUGGUCGACAUGAACGAGACCGAAAUGGGUUGGCUUGCCGAGCAUAUGGGCCACGAUCUCCAUAUCCAUAAGGAGUAUUAUCGUCUGCCACAAAACACUCUUGAAAUUGCUGUGGUUGGCAAUUUGCUCCUGGCAAUCGAUGAGGGAAGGGCCCACAAGUUCAAGGGGCGAAAUUUACGAGACAUCAACAUCCAAGAGUUUGAAAAUUUCGCGUGCGAAGAGGACGAUGAGGCUGCAAACAACCUUGGUUUUACUGAAUGUUCAUCCAAGACGAAGUCGAAGCUGGCUUCAAAAACACAAGAAAGAGCUGACGAUAAAAUUAGCACCGUCUCCUCGCCGAAGACUCCGAGUAAGAUGCAAGACAUUGCAAAAACUAAGAAAGGCAGAGCGCCACAAAAGCUGGUGAAAUGGACAACGCCAGAACGUAGGCUAGUCAUGCGCUCAUUCGACAGGCAUAUAAAGAACAUGGAAUUGCCGAAAAAAAAAGAAUGCGUGCAGUUUCUCGCAGAGCACCAAGAUGUCAUGGCAAGGCGAAGUUGGAAAAAUAUAAAAGAUUUCGUUAGAAAUCAGGAACAAAAAAUGGGUGAUCGUCUUUGA